GUGAGGACAGUAUGUGGACGCUGGCUCUUCAGUUGGGUUUCAUUGGUUUAUACCUGCAGGUAUCCACAUGCUACCAAUCAUGCACUUUGCAUGGCCUUGUAGCUGCUUGUUCCUUCCAGCACCACUACUGGGUUCCUGCUCUGCCUCUGAACAUCUCCCACCUCUACCUAGACACAAACUACAUCUCUGAGAUCAACAGCACCUCGCUAAGAGGCUACGACCAGCUGCUAGAAUUAGAUCUUGGAAUGCAGAAUGUGCCGCUCAUCAUAAGGAACAAUGCUUUCUUAAGGCAGAGGAAAUUGACACGGCUGGUCAUAGGAGCAAAUAAAGGCCUUCAGCUGGAGCCAAGGGCAUUUGCAGGACUGUUCAAUUUAGAACAACUUUUUUUGGAUAGUUGCGAUUUGACAGACUCCAUACUGGCAGAAAACUAUCUGCAGCCACUUUUGUCCUUAGAAACCCUUGACCUCUUUGGUAACAAAAUAGUGAGGCUGCGACCUGGACUGUUCUUUUCAAAACUCACAAAGUUCACACAACUAAAUCUCAAAUUGAAUCAGAUUCAAAGAUUAUGUGAAGGGGAUCUUGCUGGCUUCCGGGGGAAACACUUCACACUCCUGAACUUGGUGUCCAAUCACUUUUACAGAAGUGGAGAUUUUGACUGGGGAUGUGGUAACCCUUUCAGAGGGAUGGCCUUUAAUGUCCUUGACUUAUCCAACAACGGGUUCAGUUUCAACACUUCACGUCAACUUUUCAAAGCAAUAGAGGGAACUCCAAUUACUCAUCUGAAAUUCUCUGGACACAUUGGUAAAGGCUUUUCACAUGACAACUUGCCUGAUCCAGAUGAAAGCACAUUCGAAGGCCUAACCAACAGUGGAGUUAACAUAUUCAGUCUGUCUAAUAAUAGGAUAUUUGCUCUGCAGAGGGCAGUUUUUAGUCCUCUAAAGGAUGCAAUAAUUAUUGACAUUUCCAGAAACAGAAUCAAUCAGAUUAACAGAAAUGCCUUCAAUGGUCUUCAAGGACAUUUACGAAUGCUCAACCUGUCAUUCAACUUACUAGGAGAAAUAUAUUCUCAUACAUUCACCAAUCUGACAGACCUUAGGGUGUUGGAUUUGUCUUACAACCACAUUGGUGCUUUGGGAGACAAAGCAUUCAGUGAUCUUCCCAAAUUACGAGCAUUAUAUCUGACAGGAAACUCAUUGCGAGACCUGGGUUUUCCUGCGUUAUUACCAAACUUAGAAUACCUUCUUUUGGACGACAAUAAGUUGAAAUCAGUAAGCAGUAUCAUCACCUUGGGCAUAAACAGCAUCCAUGUGAAUGUUGCAGACAACAGAUUAACAAACUUGGAGGACGUUUAUGUCAUUUUAUCUUAUUUCAAUCAUCUCAAGAAUUUCUUCUAUGGUGGCAAUUUCAUCAAGUGGUGCACACUAAAUAACCAAGUAUCAGUGCCUCAUAAUAAUAGUUUGAAUGCGCUGGAUCUUCAUGACAGUUCCCUGCAGAUAAUUUGGACACAGGGCAAGUGCCUCGACCUGUUUGAUCAUCUUGGGAAUCUGCGCGGUCUAAAUUUAAGCUUUAACUCACUCUCGACUCUCCCGCAAGGAAUCUUCAGCGGCCUCAGCUCGAUCGUAGAGAUCGACCUCUCGUCUAACGCCUUAACCUAUCUGCAGCCGGAUGUCUUUCCGGUCAGUCUGCAAAGACUCGACCUCUCAAGCAACUUUCUAGCCUCCCCAGACCCUGUGACUUUUCAGUCUCUCAGCUUCUUCAGCCUUGCCGUAAACCGGUUCCACUGCGAUUGCCAUCUGGAUAGCUUCCUGAAGUGGCUGAAUGUGACGAAUGUAACCUUCCUAAGCCCAGUUGAGGAGUACAGAUGUGAGUUUCCAGCUGCUCUCCAUAACCUUCCGCUGCUGGAUUACUCUAUGAUUGUCGAACCGUGUGAGGAAGAUGACGAAAAGGCCGUCCAAGAUCUUAAAUUUGCUCUCUUUAUCUUCUCUGCUUUCCUUAUCAUUACGGUCAUCUUCAGCGGGAUUGUUUACGCCCGUCUUCGAGGGCGCAUAUUCAUCAUCUACAAAAAGAUCGUCGGUAGGGUACUCCAGGGCCCAAAACCGAUACCACCUUUGGACAAGGUGCAGUACGAUGCCUUCCUCUGCUUUAGCGACCAUGACUACAAGUGGGUGGAAGCUGCUUUGCUGAAGAAGCUGGAUAACCAGUUUUCAGAAGAGAAUAUCUUCCACUGUUGUUUUGAGGCCAGAGACUUCUUGCCAGGGGAGGAUCAUCUUUCCAACAUCAGAGAUGCCAUUUGGGGCAGCAGGAAGACUGUGUGCAUCGUCUCCAAGGAUUUCCUUAAAGAUGGUUGGUGCUUGGAGGCGUUCACUUUGGCCCAGGGCCGGAUGCUGGAGGAGCUGACAAAUGUCCUGAUUAUGUUGGUGGUAGGGAAGGUGGCUCACUACCAGCUGAUGAAGUACAACGCAGUCAGAGCUUUCGUCCAGAGGAGAGAGUACCUGAUCUGGCCAGAGGACCCUCAGGACUUGGGGUGGUUUUAUGAGCGCCUUGUCGCACAGAUACUCAAAGACAAUAAGGUGAAAAAGUUUGCGGAGGACGAACCUGAGCCUGCACAGCCUGACGCUCCACCUCAGAAUGAGGACGGUAUCCAGCUUGAGAAGAUCAGAGCAAUUGCCAUGUGAUCUCUGACUGUAUGUUAAAGAAAGUCUACUUUAACCAAGAUAAACUGUUAAUACUGACUUUCCAAAAUGUCACCAGUAAGUUAGUGCUCAGGAUGAGGAAGACAUUUUCCCUUAAAAGUGCCUUUCUGGUUUACUUUUUCUCAAGUCAAAAAAGGAAAAUAGAGGAACCUUCAGAGGAAGUAAGUAUGCAAGAAAUCUGCAGAAUCAGAGCCUGCUGAUUCUGCUCUGCUAUAGACAGACUUGAACGGUUUUGUGUUUUUUAAAGUUAUUUUUUGGCCUUUUCAUGGCUUUAUUGGACAGAGACAGCUGAAGAUCGACAGGAAAGGUGGGUAGAGAGAGAGAGGAUGACACGCAGCAAAGGGCAGCAGGUCGGAUUCGAACCCAAAAGUGAUUGGUAUUAUGUUAUUGGAAUAAAUGAAAUGUAAUGUUUAAGGUGCAGUGUGUAACAUUUAGGAGGAUAAAUUGUCAGAAAUUGAAUAUAAUAUUCAUAGGUAUGUUUUUAUUAGAGUAUAAUCACAUAGAUAUAGGAAUUGUUAUGUUUUUGUUACCAUAAAUCCUAAACAACCAGAUUUUUACUAAAUCCUACACACUGAUCUUUUAACUAAGUGUAAUGUGUCUGAUGAAUCAAGUGUAUUAACAGUGUUUGGUAGGCAUUUGCUAGACGGCUGUUCUCACUAAUAUCUAUUGUUGAUGCAAACACAGCACUGUUCACCCUAAUAGCUUACAGGAUGAGGCACAGCAUUGAAAUUUUGAUGAUCAAAUUGACUUUCAAAAUGAUCCUGUAUUAUAUAUAUUAUAAAAUAAACUCUCACAUUUCUCUGUAAA